AUGUCACAAGUUAGUAACCCUGAAUGGCCUCCGAAAUCUCCACAUGAAGCACUUCUUAGUACCCCCGGGGGUCGUAGGCGGCUUCAACGUCUACAGAAACGGGCCUCUCCUUCGCCUUCUCCGAUAAAGUCGACUUCAAUGCGGAGCCGUACCAAAAAUACGAUGGACCCGAGUAUGGGAGCGGAUGAUUCAGAAGACGACGAAGAAACUUUGGAACUGCAGUUGCAAGAGAUUCAAGCCCGGUUAAAGCUCAAGAAGCUGCAGAAAAAGUCGAAGCAGGGCUCAGACACAGAAAAUGAAAAUCGAACGGGACCAGCACCUUUGCCCAGGGCAAACUCAGUAGCAGCAGGUCGAGCCCAGUCGAGGAUCGGUGGGGUGAGAGAGGAGCAAAUCGCAAGAUCUAAAUCACAAGCAAGUAUCCAUGUUCCGGUCUCUCCUAUCCGGCGGGCAGCACGACCGCCUGAGGCGCAAUCCCCGCAGAGAGUCCUAUUAGGGAUUGACAAGGGAUUGACAGGUCGCGAUAUUUCCCUAAAGCGGGCACCGAGUGUACGGAAAAAAGAGGGAGAUAUUCACGACAAGCGAACCGGCCCAUUCUUGCAAAGGCCUACUUCACAAGCCGCGGGACGUGCUUCUUCAGCGGCCAGUAGUACUCAGGAUGGAGAGCGGCCGAAGAGCUUCAGUGAAAGAAUGGCCUCAAUUAGAGCACAAGAUACCGAUUGGCAGGAGCGACAGGCGCGUAUCAAGAAGUCCAGGAGCAUGGCAUUCGAUAUUGGCCACGAAGAGAUGGAAUCUUUUAAAGCAACCGCUGUAGAGUUACCAGAUGCGCCCCAGGCAGCACAUAAGUUCAGCAGAGACGAAGUAUUAAACUCUUACCACAAACCUCGUGACAAUCUGCCACGCAGCAAAACAACACCGAAUCUCCGAUCUGCCAUGCGGACCACGAGCAGCAUUAUGGAAGAUACUACCUUGAGCUCAAGCAUGUCUGACUCCCGUGGUUCCUUAAAUAUCCCUCCAAGGAAACCAACACCCACGAAUGCCAAAACACUACCAAGUGAUAGCGGUGAUCCGGAGAUCUCGCAAUUUGAACCCUUCUCAUCAAUGCAUCUCUCGAAGAGAAUCAUUCCACAUCAAGUCCUCACCCGCACCCUCUCUGGAAAGAAGUCCUUUCUUUUACCUGAUAUUCUAAGGACUGUAAAAGCCCCGGACUUUUCUGGCCCCGACAUAGAGGAAGAUGUGGUGAUAAUCGCUGUCAUUUCAAAAAAGACAAGCCCUCGGGCGCAUCAAGAAAACUCCAAAAAUUCGAACCGUGGUAAAUAUAUGAUUAUGGGAUUAACCGAUCUUAAGUGGGAACUCGACUUGUUCCUUUUCGACUCUGGCUUCGACAAAUUUUGGAAACUUCCAGUGGGCACCGUCAUAGCCAUACUAAAUCCUGGAUUCAUGCCCCCCCCACGGGGAAAAGCUGAUACUGGCAAGUUCAGCUUAACCUUGAAUUCUGACGCCGAUACGAUUUUAGAGAUUGGUUCCGCGAGGGACCUUGGAUUUUGCAAAAGCAUCAAAAAGGACGGCGCAACCUGUGAUUCUUGGGUUGAUAAACGUCAUACUGAGUUUUGCGAGUUUCACGUCAAUUUGACGCUCCAAAAAUCCAACACCCGACACACCAUGAGCUUCCCCAAAGGCGAUUAUGGUGGUCGGAAGUUCAAUUCCCGAAAUAUGACUGGGCAUCUCGAACGUAUACAACAGGAGAAGAUGGACCAGAAAACGCGAUAUGACAAAGAUACCCACUCCCAAAUCUUCAUUGGGAAGAAAAGUACUGCGAACCUCCUGGAUGAUACAGAUUUCGCUCCGGACGCAUUCCAUCGCGGCUCAACCAAAGAAGAACGCAUGAGGCGCCAAAUACUCGCUUUAGAGAAGGAACAUGAACUAGAAAAGAAGCUAGGGAAACUGGGAAGUGGCAUCGGCGCGGACUAUAUGCGAGCCAAACAUACUGCAAGGACCGAAUCCAGUGCCAGUCAUUCCAAGGAAGUAAAGUCUCCUCCUCCAGAUGCCGUAAGCCUUGGUCUACUCAAGGUGAAGGCAAAAGACAUAACACUUAGUCCCGUCAAGAGGAAACGUACAGACACAGCCUCGAGCUCGACGAGCUCGGCGGCGAGGGGUUGGGGAAGCGAUUUAAGCAAGGAGCUUGGUAGGAUGAAGAAUGGUGAGAGCUUACAGCCGGUUAAAAAGAAGACGAGGUUUGUUACUGAGAAAGGCAUUCGGGAGGCUGGGCGGGAGAGCAUAGGCGGGGAUGCGGCGAAAGCUAUUCUUAAUGACUUUAAUGAUGAUGAUAGCGACGAUCUUGAUAUUGUACGGGAGUAA